CAGUUCAAAUCAAGCAAUUCACGGAUCUUACAACCUUCAAAUUCCAAUCCUCUUAACCAGAAUCCCGUGUUUUAUUCCCCUUAAUUUCUUUGAAAAUACAUUAAUUACCUGCCUUAAAACCAUUUGCCUUAAACCUCCCCAUCUUUAUAAACCCAUUUACCAAUAAAAAACAACAACAAAAACCACAACCAACAAUGGCGGAAAUCAAGAACUUCGUCUUCUUGAUUUUCUCUUUCCUCAUUUUCCCUCUUUCUCUCUCCUCCCCAGUCAUCAUGCCUAUGCUUCCCGACGUCUUCUUUUCCGGUGAGGUGUCUUUUCCCGGCGUCGGAAUUCCAAUGGGUCAGUGGAGUGUACUCCAUAAAAGUGUUGGGAUUUCUGCAAUGCAUAUGCAGCUUUUGCAUGAUGAUCACAUUGUCAUUUUUGAUCGUACUGAUUUUGGUCCCUCUAAUCUCUCUCUUCCGGUCGGGAGAUGCGUCUCCUCCUCUGAAGAUGGUCUCGAUUGCACGGCUCACUCCAUACUCUACGAUGUCGCGUCCAACACUUUCCGCCCUCUCACUGUCGUGUCCGACACUUGGUGCUCCUCCGGGUCAGUGGAUCCUACCGGAAAACUCAUCCAGACAGGGGGAUACGCCUUAGGAGAGCGCGUCAUCCGCACGUUCACCCCUUGCAACGCACGUGAUGACCUCACGUGUGACUGGAAUCAGCUCCCUGUUUCUCUCUCCUCGAGAAGAUGGUACGCCUCCAAUGCCCUCCUCCCCGACGGCCGUGUCAUCAUCGUCGGCGGACGUGGGUCCCACAACUACGAGUUCUUCCCGAAACCUCCGGGUCAAUUCUCCGGGAAAUUCCCCCUCCAAUUCCUGUACGACACGUGGGACGGUCGUAACAAAGAAAACAACCUCUACCCUUUCUUGCACCUCCUCCCCAACGGCCACCUCUUCAUCUUCGCCAACAACAAGUCCAUCGAGUUUGAUUAUGUCACUAAUAGAGUCAUCAAGAAGUUCCCCGUCAUGCCUUCGCCAGAAAGACGAAACUACCCUUCAACAGGCUCCUCUGUUCUCCUCCCCAUCGACGGAAACUCCACUUCGCCCGAUCUUGAAAUCUUGAUCUGCGGUGGCGCGUUUCCUGACUCGUUCGAUUUCGCCAACAAAAGCAUCUACGUGGCAGCAUCGCGCUCAUGCGGGCGUAUGGUAAUCACUGAUCCUAACCCGCAAUGGAUCAUGGAAAAGCUCCCAAUGCCACGUGUCAUGCCGGACAUGGUAAUGUUACCGACUGGUGACAUACUCAUCAUCAACGGCGCCGGAAAUGGGACCGCAGGGUGGGAGAAUGCAGAUAACCCGGCUUUAAACCCGGUCUUGUACAGAACCGGUGAUCCGGAUCCAAACCAGCGGUUUAUCGUUUUAAACCCGACAAAAACCCCUCGCAUGUAUCACUCCUCAGCAGUCCUGGUUUCCGAUGGGCGGGUCAUCGUAGGCGGGUCAAACCCACAUGUGAACUACAAUUUUACCCCUGGAGUGAAAUUCCCGACGGAGUUAAGCUUAGAGGCGUACUCGCCACCGUACCUCGACCAGCAAUACGCCGUUCUCCGACCUUCGAUCUUAGCCGUUGAAACAGAGAGCAUGGUAGUAACGUACGGUCAAAUGGUGUCUGUGACGUAUGUAUUGGGGCUGUAUAAAAGGGAGACGAUGGGUAAUGUUAAAGUGACGAUGCUGUUACCGCCGUUUACGACGCAUUCGUUCGGGAUGAACCAGCGGUUGGUGGUUUUAGGGGAGGAGCGGGUGGAGCAGCUAUCGACGUUUGCGUAUAAGGUGACAGUAAAGGUACCAGAGAAUGUAAAUGUGGCCCCACCUGGGUUUUACUUGCUGUUUGUUGUUCAUGUUGGUGUUCCUAGUCAUGGUGUGUGGGUCCAGCUUAAAAGUGACCUACUUUCUUAACUGUUUAGUCAUAGUUAUAGUUUUAGUUAUAGUUUUAGUUAUAGUUUUAUUUGUUAGUUAGCUGAUUUGUUAUUUGUAAAAGUGAUUGAUUUUGGAUAAAUGAAAAUUUGUGGGUUUAGUUUA